AUGCAACAGCAACAGGAGGCCAUCGUUCGACUCCAAAGGGACCUCAGCGAUGCGCUGGCACCGGAUCCGGAUAGAGUUUCUGACCAGGUUAGAAGGGAAGUCGAGGUCGGUGAGAGCCAGGACAGGCCGAUCGACGAGCAGUCUGAUGUAGUAAGAAUGCUCGAAGCCUUGACUAAACGAAUGGACUCCAACGAGAAAAAAGUGGAUGACUACAAUUCUCGGGUGGAUCAAAUUUCGGGAGCACCUCCAAUCCUCACCGGACAAGAAACAAAAUACAUAGUCAGGAGACCUUUCCCUCCCAGUGCGACACCGAAGCUGAUCCCAAAGAGGUUCAAAAUGCCAGAUAUACCGAAGUACGACGGAACCACCGACCCUCAAGAGCAUAUCACCGCAUAUACGUGUGCCAUUGCCGGCAAUGAUCUCGAGGACGAUGAGAUCGAAUCAGUGAGUUUGAAGAAGUUCGGUGAGACCUUAACCAAAGGGGCGAUGCAGUGGUACUGUUCACUACCCCAGCACUCCAUCCCCUCCUUCGAGUUACUUGCGGAUGCCUUCGUAAAGGCUCACGCAGGGGCACGUAAGGUGCAAGCACGGAAAGCGGAUAUAUUCAAAAUCUUUCAAAGGGACGAUGAGCGGCUUAGGGAGUUCGUUACUAGAUUCCAGCGGGAGAGAAUGUUGUUACCCCCGGUCCCUGACGAAUGGGCCACCCAAGCAUUCACAAAGGGGCUCAACUCAAGGAGUUCCAACGCUUCCAAUAAAUUGAAGGAAAACUUGUUGGAAUUCAGUGCUACGACUUGGGCUGAUGUGCAUAAUAGGUACGAGUCGAAAAUCAGGGUAGAGGAUGAUCAGCUUGGGCUUCCACCAGGUCCGGUAAACCGGGUGAGGGGUGAUAAAUCGAAGAGGACGUUUGAACCGGAGUACAAUCCACCGGACAGGUACCACCCUUACCCGUCUAUGAGGCCUGGUUUCAGAUCCGAGAAAAGCAGGACCAACUCCGGUAAUCGAGGAGACAGGCGCGUCGACCGCGGGGACAGACGGAUUGAUCGAGGCACGUCAAGCAGGGGUCUCCAAUACAAAACCAACUUUGCGACGACCUCGCAUCUAGGAGAAAAUCCGAGGUUAUCAGAAUAUAACUUCAAUGUCGACCCCUCGACCCUGGUAGCAGCAAUUGGAAAGAUAGAAGGUGUGACACGGCCAAAGCCUCUCCGAACUGAUCCCUCCCAACGGGACCCGAAGUUGAUAUGUGACUACCACGGUACCCACGGGCACCGGACCGACGAUUGCAGAGGUUUACGGGAUGAAGUGGCCCGGUUGCUCAAAAACGGACACCUAAGAGAAUUUUUGAGUGAACGGGGGAAGAACAACUACAAGAACAGAGAAGCCGAUAGAAAAGCUGAGAAGGAAGAACCCCAGCAUGUGAUCAACAUGAUCAUUGGCGGGGUCGAGAUACCACGAGGACCUAUCCUGAAGAGAACAAGAUUCUCUAUCACGAGGGAAAAAAGGAGCAGGGACUAUGUACCGGACGGAUUCAUUUCGUUCAAUGACGAGGAAGUCGAAGGCAUCACUCAGCCUCACAACGAUGCCCUGGUAAUCUCUGUACUUAUUUAUAAAACUCACGUUAAGCGUAUCUUAAUUGAUCCAGGUAGCUCGGCAAAUAUCAUCCGAUGGAAGGUCGUCGAACAGCUCGACAUGUUAGAUCAAAUCAUACCGACAGCCAGGAUCUUGAACGGGUUCAAUAUGGCCAGUGAAACCACCAGGGGAGAAAUCACACUGCCCGCGAGUAUAGCCGGGGUUGUGCAACACACCAAGUUCUAUGUCAUUGACGGGGAAAUGAAAUACAACGCCCUAUUUGGGAGGCCGUGGAUACACAUGAUGAAGGCAGUACCGUCAACAUUGCACCAGAUGCUGAAGUUUUCGACCCCCGAUGGGAUAAAGAUCAUACGGGGGGAACAACCCGCCGCCAAAGAAAUGUUCGCAGUUGAGGAAGCCGUACCGAAUGGGCCGAAGGCAGAUACAGAUGGCCGCGCCAAUGCCUUGGGUACAAGCGAAGGGACCAAAUAG